AUGUCUCAAGUGUGGGCAAGUCUACAAGCUCCGAGACAACAGCAACAACAACAGCAACAAACUUUAGUGGGCAAUCAAAAUGAUCUCAAUAGACAAAAUACAUCCUCUCCAUCAGGAAUGAUGAAUCAACAGCAGCUAAAUCAAAUGUAUCCACAACCCCCAUCUCACAUUAUUCAACAACAAUCAAUGCCACCCGCCGUUUAUGUUCAGCAUAAUCAGAUGCCAACAUCGAUCGUCAAACAAGAGCCCAUUAUUUUCAAUCAACAACCCCAACAAUCAAAACAAAUGAUGUUGAAUAAACAACCACAACAACAAAUGAUUACAAACAAUAAUCAAGAAGGUAACAUUGGCGGAGUUCAUAUCAAACAAGAAUAUAUGAAUAAUCCUAAUAUGGCAACAAUGAAUGGACAAUCAUUAUCAUCGAUGCAACAAGGACAACAUAUUAGGCAACAUAUGCAACCUCAGAAUAUCCAGCAGCCUCUACUAGUGUCACAAACUUCACAACAGCAAUAUUCACAGCAGGUACAGUUAAACACAUUACUAAUCCGACAGUUCAUGUGUCAACUGCCGCCAAUUCGUCAUCAAAUGUCAACAGUGAUGCCUCCACAACAACAACAACAACAGUCAAAUGUUCAUCAACAACAAAAACAAAUGAUCCAACAACAGCAACAACAAUCAGCUUUAGCUCAAAACUCUCAGUUACAGCAACAAACAAUAAAUUACCAAAAUCAACCAUCUCAACAACAAUCAUCUCUCUCAUCAAUUGCUCCUUUAACAUCACAACAGCCGGUACAAGCGACUGUUCAACAACCAAAUCGUGUGAAUAUUCAUUCUUCCAACCAACAGCAACAGUCACCGUCUAAUUCAUCUAUUCAACAGCAUAGUCAAUCAAAUCUACAGCAGUCACAAACUUCUCCAAUGCAGACAAAUACAACGCUAACUGCUUCAACUGUUACACAAACGCAACAACCAGCAGAUGAAAUUCUUCAACAAAUUCUUACUAGUCCCAAUCCAACAAAACAAACACAAAAUGCACAAACACGACUACGAAAUAUUGGACGACGAGCAGCUACAGCUGCUGCUGCCAAUAGUAAUACUGGAUCACCCAUUCCGAAUGGUCCAAGUCCAUCGGGACAAAUGCCUCUAACACCAGGCUCCGAUCCAACAAUGAUGAUGAUGCAAAGUGGCUCACCCCAAAUGAUGAUGAGUGGAAGCCCAAUGUCACGCUAUAUGACCGGUAUGACGGCAUCGCCACAAUUUCGACCAAAUAUGUCACCUAUGAAUAUGAUAAAUUAUGGUAGCCCAAUGAUAAUGGCAGAUGAGGAAAUUCAGUAUUAUUAUAGAUAUUUUGCGGAACGUAUUCGACAAUUAGUAAUGAUUAUUAGUAAACUGAAUCAAGAAGGUCAAUAUGAGAAAGUAGUAAAACUAAAACAAUUUCAUUUUGACAUGUCUCAUUUUAUGAAAAAUCCUGUUGUUGACAACUUAAUGAUGGCUAGAAGAUUAAAAGAACAUUUUGAUCGAUAUAUGGAUCCACGUGUAUUUGGAGAUAUGUUAUUACCUCGUAUAUCAUCAACAACGGGAAUAUUUGAACAAUGUUAUAAAGCAAUAACAGAUUACUUAAAUAAAGAUACUCAACAUAAAGCAUCUAUUGCUAAACGAUUUCUUGAACCAUUGUCUGAUAUUGUUACGGGUGUUCCUCAUAAAAUUAUACGUUUGGACUCACCAAAAACUAUUACGUGCGAAACUGUUCGUUUAGAACCAGAAACAAUUGAAAAGAUAAUUGAAAAUGAAUUUUCUCAAAUGCCUUUAGGCAUUUAUAAGUAUGACCUCAAAUCAUUAUCCCGAGCUUCGUGUGAUCAUGGCUAUUUAUUAACAUGCCGUUUGAUUGAAGAAAAUAUGCCUAUUUUACCAGCAUUAAAAAUAAAGAUAUCAGCCAAAUAUCCAGACGAAUGUCCAGAAAUAUUAUCAUUAACAAAAACAAUACCAAUAACUUUAGAAAAUUAUGACGGUCAUGAGUUUUUUGAAUCGAUAGCAAAAACAUUUAUUUAUUUUUUAUUCAAAUUACCGGCACAACAUACUGUCACUGAUAUUCUUGAUAUAUGGCGAACAUCUAUUCGAAGUGCAUUAAAAGAGUGUUAUUUUCCUACAAGCGACGAUGAUUCGGAUUUCUUCGAAAAAUCAUUGUUGUCUGCAAUUUAUUAA